UUAUUUGAAUUGCCCUAUUGUUUUGGAUAAGUAAACAAACGCACAUAAACAAAAACAAUUAUCAACGAAUUUCUAUAAACAUUGAAAGAAAUCCCUCCCUGAAAAAUGUCUGACGAAGAAGAUGAUUACAUGUCUGAUAAGUUUUUAGCUGGUUUGCAGGAGGUACGUCCCAGUCUUAUAAAUAAUAGAGCAAAAAAGCGUCAAGUUGAUAUGGAAGUAAAACAUAAGGAAUACAAUAAGAAACAAAAAGAAUUAAAAUAUUUAUCUGCAGCUGCUGUGGAUAACGACAGGCUACAGCAGGCUUUAAGCAAACCUUUGGCACAGGAAAACGAAGGAUUUAAAUUGUUGACUAAAAUGGGCUAUAAACCAGGACAAGCUUUAGGAAAACCUGUCAAUAAUGAAGAAACCUCCUGCUCAAAUUUACAAACAAAUCGUUUGAUAGAACCCAUAGGCAUCACAUUAAAAACAGAUCGUCAGGGUUUGGGUAGAGAAGCAGCUCUUCAAGAAUUAAAGCAUAUGCGAACAAAAAUUCUCCAAGAACGUCUAAGAAAAGAAGCUGGAGGAGCAACAAGUAUUGAAGAUUUUCGUCGUAGAACAAAUCAAAAACAUGAAGAAAAAUUUGUACUUCAUGCUUUAAGACGUUGUCAAGUGACUUGUGAAAACUUGGAUCUGGAAAUUAGACUAGAGAAACCCGAAUUGCCUUGGUUUUGGCCGGAAAGAAAAAAAGAAACGGAGGAUGAGCUGGAAGCUGAAGAAGAAACUAACAAGGAAGAAGAUAAAGAUAAUGAACAGGAACUUGAGGAGGAAGAGUUUACUAAUCAAGAGAAAUUAGAAAUGUUAACAAACUAUGUACGGACUUCAUAUCUGUUUUGUUAUUGGUGUGGUGUGCGUUAUAAUGAUAUACAAGAUUUAAAUGACAAUUGUCCAGGUCUAACUAAAGAUGAACAUUAAGCCAAAUUUAUUUGGUUCAUGAAAAAUAUAAUGGGAAGCAGUUACAACAACUAAACUAAUUUUGUAAUUUUGUACAAUAAAUCAAAUAAUCUAAUAUUGUCUGUCAGGUA